AGUAAGUAACUUACAAUUUGUCCGGAAGUCGGAAGACUGGAAAGAAGCUGAUGAACAAGAUAACGACGUCGUAUGAUCAUCAACAUAGCUAGAGUCGAAAAUUUGUUUGGAAAAAAAGAAAAGAAGAAGAAAGUCGGAAUCUUGUUGUGUAGUAGUGAUCCCGUCUUUGUUCCACCUUUCCUCUUCAGUAAUUGCUGCCCAAAGCGCAUUUUAAAGACAACAAGCUAAGUUUCUGAUUUGAUGAAAAAUCAUCAAAAUCUGUAAUUGAAACUUGAAAAUGGAAAGGGAAAUGUGUUUUGAGUGUCUUCAACGCAGAAUUCAAUCAGAUUUCUCUGACCAAAUCAUCUUCUGUUAUGGUCUUUCUGAUUCUCCUCUUCCUUUUGGCUCUACUGCCGUUGUUCAGCCAUCAAGUUCAAAUGGAGAAGGGUUGCCACAGUUUCAGUUGACUUAUAUGCCCCUUCAUAAAGAUAGUUGCUUGGCCACUUACAUUGAUCAGUAUUAUUUAGAGGAUCUUGAAGCAAGAAUGAAUAGUGGCAGUGCGCAGGCAGUUCCGGUGGAGAUUGAUCAGGUUCAAGCUGAGGUCAGUGUUGGAUUCUCCAGUGAUAAAACUUCUUCGAUGGAAACUAGAUCAACUGAAUGUGAAGAUUUGCAGAAUGGUGGCAGAUAUACAUCCCUAUAUGGACUAGGUUGUCAAAAUUUGACCUGUAUUUUUUCUGGUAGGUUUUCUUGCUUUAGGACUCUGACUGCCCUGGUUCCAGUCGCUCGGAUUGGGAUUUCUUCAUCUGCAUUAGUUGAAUGUAUUAUUUCAGAAUUCUUGGCUGGAUCUCUUGAAGAUCAUAUUUUACAUUCUUUAACUCUCAUGAUAGAAGGUAAAAGAUCAGGACGAGAAAGUGUUAACUUUCUUAGUUUAGUGGGGAUUCCUUCAUUUGAGGAAGAACACUGCCCUGGCUGCAUAAGGCAUCCAAACAUUUCUCCGACUUUAGGAAUGCUAAAAAAUUCCGGUCAACUAAAUUUGUUGCUUCCAAAAAUGCCACAUACCUUGGAAAACAUACUUCACUUCAGCCCUGGUGUCUUAAAGUCUGACUGGCAUAUGCGGUAUUUAAUCUUUCAGCUGUUAUCAGGGUUGGCUUACAUGCAUGGUUUAGGUGUUUCCCAUGGUAAUGUCUGUCCAUCCAGUAUAUCAUUGGUUGAUUCGCUAUGGUGUUGGCUGCCCAUCUGUAAUAAGUUCCUCAAGAGUUCCGUUUCAAUUUCCAAAAUAGAGUGCAGUCCUGAUUCAGGAGUUAGUUGCUGUUUUGACGGGUGCUCUUUACAAGGGCUUUAUGCUGAUCUAAAGCUCUCCCAAUCUACAGAUUGGUUUUCUAGCUUUAAAUGUUGGUGGAAGGGUGAAAUGAGUAACUUUGAGUAUCUGUUAGUCUUAAACCGAUUAGCAGGGAGAAGGUGGGGUGACAAUACCUUUUAUACUGUAAUGCCAUGGGUUAUAGAUUUUAGCGUGAAACCUGAUGAGAACACUGAUACGGGAUGGAGAGAUCUAACUAAGAGUAAAUGGAGGCUGGCAAAAGGUGACGAGCAAUUGGACUUCACGUAUUCGACAUCUGAAAUUCCUCAUCAUGUAUCAGAUGAGUGCCUGUCUGAACUGGCCGUCUGCAGUUAUAAGGCAAGGAGGUUGCCCUUGAGUGUUUUGCGUACGGCUGUUCGUUCAGUUUAUGAACCAAAUGAAUAUCCUUCCACCAUGCAAAGACUAUAUCAAUGGACACCAGAUGAGUGUAUUCCAGAAUUUUAUUGUGAUCCGCAUAUAUUUUAUUCUAUACAUUCUGGGAUGUCUCAUUUGGCUGUGCCCUCAUGGGCGGGCACCCCCAAGGAAUUCAUCAAGUUGCAUAGAGACGCUCUAGAAAGCGAUCGGGUUUCACGCCAACUACAUAAUUGGAUUGACAUCACCUUCGGCUACAAAUUGUGUGGUGACGCUGCUGUUGCUGCCAAAAAUGUUAUGUUGCCCUCAUCUGCUCCUUCAAAACCGAAAUCAGUGGGACGUCGUCAACUUUUUACGAAACCACAUCUUCCUCGGCGGCUUGCUACCGUGAGAAUUUGUGACAGGUCCAAUGAAGCAGAAAUGGAUCAACUCCCAACAAGUGAUGUGACUGAGCAAGCUCUGGUUAUUGGAACUUCACUCUUGCAUGAAUUGGAAGAAGCAGCUGCAUUCUCUGAGCAUGCGCCUCAUUUGGCUCCUAUUUACAAUUUGCAUCCAGAUGAUCAUGAAGGGCUUGACUCCCCUGGGAAAGGGCUAUUAACUAAGAAAUUAAAGAAUACUACAUCCAGAAAAACUGGCUAUAGCAUCAUUACAGUCAAGCCAUCUGUUAUUGAUGUGAAUUACCUUCUGAAGAAUAUUGAAGUGGUCGAUGAUGUAUCUAUCGGAUAUCAAGCACUAUUGCUUUGGAAGCAAAAAUGUUCCCAUCCACACAUUUUGUCUGAAGAUGUUGCUAAUGAUAUCUUUGCAGUUGGCUGCAUCUUAGCAGAACUUCACUUGAGACGGCCACUUUUUGAUCCAACCUCUUUAGCUGUGUACUUAGAGUGCGGUGUCUUACCUGCAUUAGUACAAGAACUUCCCCCUGACACUCAAGUUGUUGUUGAAUCCUGCAUCCAAAAGGAUUGGAGGAGGAGGCCUUCUGCCAAAUGUCUUUUGGACUCUCCUUAUUUUCUAGCAACAGUCAAGUCAUCCUACUUGUUUCUUGCCCCCCUUCAGCUUAUAGCAAAAGAUGAAUCACGACUUCGUUAUGCUGCAGCUUUUGCCCGACAGGGAGCACUCAAAGCAAUGGGAACAUUUGCUGCCGAAAUGUGUGCUCCUAACUGUUUGAAACUAGUCUUGAAUCCUUUAUCGGAUUCUGAAGCUGAAUGGGGUUGCACAAUAAUAACAGAACUUUUAAGGUGUCUGACUCCAGAAGCAGUAAAGAAACUGGUCAUACCUGCUAUCCAGAAGAUUCUUCAGGGUACUGGUCCUACACAUUUGAAGGUUUCUCUUCUCCAAGGUUCCUUUGUGCUGGAUAUAUGGAACAAGAUUGGUAAACAAGCGUAUGUGGAGACAGUACAUCCAUUUGUUGUAUCAAACUUACUUGGUACUCCUUGCAAGAGCUCUUCUGUUGCUGCUUCUGUCCUGUUGAUUGGCUCUAGUGAGGAACUUGGCGUUCCUGUUACUGUUCAUCAGACGAUCUUACCUCUCCUUCACUGCUUUGGCAAGGGGCUCAGUGAUGAUGGAAUUGAUGUCUUAGUUAGAAUUGGUGGUCUUUUUGGAGAGAAUUUCAUAGUCAGACAGAUUCUACCAUUACUAAGAAUUGUCAUUCUUUCGUGCAUUGACAAUUCAUUUGCAAAUAAGCAUGAAGCUGCACAGAGUUGGAGUUCUUUGGUCCUAAUGGACUGUCUAAUGACUUUAGAUGGUCUCACUGCUUCCUUGACAAGGGAGAUGCUUGUUAAGGAGCUUGUUGAGGAUGGUAGAUUCUUAUAUCUUCAGGUUCUCAUGCAGACCAACUUGGGAAUUCAGGUGGUCGAGGGUGCUGCAAGAAAUCUGCUAGCUCUUUGUCGGCAAAUUGGAUCAGAUUUAACAGCAUUACACGUCCUUCCGAAACUCAGGAAACUCUUUGAUGAGCUUGCCUUCUCCCAGGAGAAAGCAGGUCAUUCUAGCAUCCAGGGAGGAAUUCGAGGUCCCACCACUAAGGGGGAAGAUGAGAACAAAAUUACAAGCCGUUUGGACCUUGUUCUGUGCAGGAUGCUUUUAUAUCCAUCAUUUGCAUCUCUUCUUGGUAUAGAGAAGCUUCGCCAGUGUUGUGCCACAUGGUUGCUACUAGAGCAGUUUCUUCUGCGCCGUUAUAACUGGAAGUGGGAAUCCGCAGGGGAAUCCUCUCGAAGUGGUCCAGGAACAUAUGCUAGAAAGCUGUCUCUUGGUGAGAGCUUAACUUCUGAAUGUACUCCAGCUAAGAAGUUGCUGAAUGGUUUAGGGUGGUCAACACCUCAAUCACAAGGAAAAAGAGGCUCCAAAAGCCCUACAUUAAACAGACAUCUGUCUAGCCAACAUCAGGAUUCUGCAGAUAGGAAUGCAAGAGGCUCAGAUUUUAGCAAGAUGGAACCCUGGUAUUGGUUCUCGAGUCCAGCCGCUAAUUGGAGUGGCCCUGAUUUUAUUGGCCGUCCAGGUGGUUCAAAGGAUGAACUUCCAUGGAAAAUCAAAGCAUCUGUUCUGCACUCUGUUCGAGCACAUCAAGGAGUGCUAAGAUCUAUAGCAGUCUGCCAAGAUGAAUGCUUUCUUUUCACUGCUGGAGUUGGUCCAGGAUUCAAAGGGAUUGUUCAAAAGUGGGAGUUGUCAAGAAUUGAUUCUAUAUCUGGUUAUUACGGCCAUGAGGAGGUUGUGAAUGACAUUUGUCUUUUGGCAUCCAGUGGAAGGGUAGCAUCCUGUGAUGGGACAGUGCAUGUGUGGAAUGGCCAAACAGGGAAGCUAAUAUCUGUGUUUGCAGAGUUUUCGACAAGCUCUGUGCAACAUACUGGCCCUUUGGCCAAAGCUUCAAAGUUGAAUGCAGAACAGGCUAAUAUGCUACAUUUCAAUUCAUUGUCAGGUGGAAUAUUGAACACUUCAUUUGAUGGUAAUUUGUACACUAGUAUGCAUUAUUCAGAAUAUCUGGACAAUCUUGUUGUGGGUACCGGAAAUGGCUCUCUCAGAUUCAUUGAUGUCAGACAAGGUCAAAAACUUCAUUUAUGGAGGAGUGAAGCUACGGAGUCCAAUUUCCCUUCUCUGAUUUCUUCCAUAUGCUCAUGUGCUUCGACUAAACAACAAUACGGAAAUCCUCAAUAUCCAUCUUGGGUUGCUGUUGGGCAAAGUUCUGGCUAUUGCAGGUUAUUUGAUGUGAGGAGUGGAAAAAUUAUUUCCUCAUGGCAAGCUCAUGAUGGUUUUGUCACAAAGAUAGCCGCGCCAGAAGAACAUUUGCUGGUUUCGACCUCCCUCGACCGCACCUUAAGGAUUUGGGAUUUGAGAAGAAAUUGGAAUUCGCAACCGUUGGCUUCCAGAGGUCACAGUGAUGGUGUUUCUGGUUUCUCAAUUUGGGGACAAAAUGUGAUUUCGAUAUCCCGCACUAAAAUUGGGAUUUCUUCUUUGGCCAGCUCUUCUGAUGAAGACGCCCAGCAAUUUGUUACGCCUCAGUAUCUGUACAUGGGUGAUCGCGAAUCAAAGAACGUGUCUGUUCUAUCAAGUAUAAGUAUUCUACCUUUCUCGCGGCUCUUUGUGGUUGGAACAGAAGAUGGUCAUUUGAAGAUCUGUUGCUAGGUUUUACCUGAAGUAAAUUUAUAGGAUGAUGCAGAAUUUAUGUUAAUAGGCAUCUCAAGUCUCUAUCUAGAACUGUUCAUUUAGCACUUUGCCUUCCAAUUUUCUUAAUUUUGUGUUAAUUAUUUCCAUUAAGUUGGUUGUUAUCUAGUGGAAAUUCUUAAUGCAAUUUUUUUCUACUUUUUCUUU